AUGACAGACCGCAGGUACUCCCUGAGCCCCUCGACUGUUCUCACAUCCCCCCACCGUUGCGAGACUGGAUACCACAACUUGCACCUGCAACCUCUGGUACCAUGGUGGUUGUGUGAAUCUUACAGAAAGACAAGUGACAAAACUCACAAAGAAAGAGAUAUCAAACUGGAAAUGCAGAAACUGCAACAUCUCUCCUCCAUCCCCAACCAAAACCCUCCCUUGACAUCUAACCAACAUACGUGUAAACUUUUUACAGAGAGUGUGUGUGAGAGGAUAGAGGCGGGGGUGGAGUUGACGGUCUCCCCGCAGUUGGAUACAAAGACCAGUCGUCGUCUGCAAGUCAGCUGGUGGGUCCCACAGGUGCAGUCAGCUGAUCUGAUAGCCCUGUACCUGACAGAUCCUGCCGUUAACCUGACUGCCCCUGUAUACACUGUGCCCCCCUCCACGUCUACUGGCUGGAGUGACACUCCUCUGCGUGAAACGUACCUCAACUAUCGACACGUCUUCACCUCCGUCUGUCUCGGAUACUGGGUGGUCUACUGGCGAGGUCGUGAUAAGAUUGCCUCAUCUUGUCUCCGGACAAAUCCCAGCUGGAUGAGUGACCAUAGAGAGGAUCUAGGACGGUUACGACUGACUGAAUUGUUCAUCCCAGGCACUCACGACUCUGCAGCCUACUCUGUCACCUACCAGCCUCGGGAAGAGUCUCGGUACGAUAAAUAUGUCUUCACCCAGGAAGAAUCAGUCCUUUCCCAACUGGUCAACGGUGUCAGAUAUCUUGACCUCAGAUUAGGAUACCACAAGAACGAUGGAGGCUUCUUCUCUCACCACGGGUUUGCCAAGCUGCGGCACUUCCAAGGGGUCAUCGACGAUCUGGUUGUCUUCCUGGAGAAUUCCAAGGACAUAGUGAUAAUAGAUCUGCACCAUUUUCCUGUGGGAUUCAAAAGUGAGGAGAACCACAAAGAACUGGUGAGGUACCUGGAGAAAGAACUGUCAGAAUACAUGGCUACUCCAGCACUUGGCUGGAGAGCAAACAUUAGAGGACGUUUGGAAAACUGGAAAACAGCUGAUUGUGUCUUACAACAACAAAGCCAUUGUAAGCAAGGGGACUCACAAGUUGUGGUAUCCAGUCUCGCAACGGUGGGGGGAUGUAGAGAACAGUCGAGGGGCUCAGGGAGUACCUGCGGUCUGUCAUGAGGAGGCAACCACUGGAGGCUUGGGCAGCAAUGGCUGAACUGACUCCGGACAAGUGGGCAGUACUGUUGGACACGCAGGGUGGACUGCGGGCCAUGGCGGCACGCACCAACAUGCAGGUCACAGACUGGUUCCGACAUGACUG